AAAAUUUCAAAUGAAAUCCCACCUGAAAUCUUUUUCUUUUUUCCCCAUUUUAUUUUUCCCAAACCAUUUCUCCUUUAUUUUUUGCCCCCAAUUUCCCCAAAUCGACAGCCCUCUACAUCUUCGUUGGUCCCGCCCAUUUUCCCAACCUCGACUUCGGUGAAUGAAACAACUACCUCAAAGGCGUCAUCACCGAUGUUAUCCAUGACCCAGGCCGCGGUGCACCCUUAGCUCGCGUCGUGUUCUGUCACCCAUUCCGUUACAAGAAGCAGAAUGAACUGUUCGUCGCCGCUGAGGGUAUGUACACCGGACAGUUCGUGUACUGUGGUAAGAAGGCCACCCUUAUGGUCGGAAACGUGUUGCCUCUUAGAUCUAUCCCCGAAGGAGCUGUCGUUUGCAACGUCGAACACCACGUUGGUGAUCGUCGAACAACCCUGAUAACGACACUACCAGGAAUUAGUGGUGCACCUCAAGAUAACAACAUUAUGCUUUGGAAUGCUGUUAUAUUUGGACUUGAUGACACCCCAUGGGAUGGAGGCAACAAGGUGAAUAAUAUCGAUGAUUAUUACUUUGAUUAUUUAUGGUGCGAAGAUUAUAAGUAUAUCAAGGUGAUCUUUUCUGAUUGUCGUGAAACUUCUGCAUCUCAGCCGAGGGUACAUGAAGAUUGGAUAACCAGGAAUGUAGCAGAUGUAGUUUGCAUUGUAUUUUUUAUUACCAAGAUUUACUUGAUUAAGAAAAUGCAUUGUAUUUUUUAUUACCUUGCAAUGUGUAAAUAUUACUUUAAUAUUUACGACAACUUGAGUUCUAACUUUUGGAUUUUAAUUGUGUUAUUAAUUUAUUAUUUUAAAUUCUAAAACUAAA